AGUUCACUUUGGGAUUUCGUGCGGGACAGUUGGCAGCUGCGGCCUACGCGAGUUUCCGAGUUCACAUAACUAGGUACCAAAAAGUGAAACAUACUUACUUACCUACUACUCUCUAUCACAUAGAGCCAACCUACCCCAACGCGUAACGCGGGUCGCCCCCAAAGAAACUCGCGAUAUUCUCCGAUACCCCCCAAAACGAAGCGAACAACAAUAAAUAAAUACAACCAACCAAGUAUAAAAAGGAAUAGAAAAUAUUGCAAAAAGAAAAGACAGUUUUGUGGCAUGUGAAACAAGUGAAGAUGCCCAAGGCGUGGCCCAAAGGAAAAGCGAAGCUGCAGCAUAUUCCAAAUCGAAGCAACAUCUUGUGGCUGCCACGCAGAGUCAUGUUGUCGUUGCAAAGCAGCCAGACAGUCACACAGCAAGCUGCCAACACUGAAUUGAAGCAAUGAACAUGACAUGUAAAAGCAGCAACAACUAUAACAACGUCGAUGAUAACAACCGGCAACAAUAACAAUACAAACAAUAACGACAAAAGUAAUUUGAAUUUGUGCGAGCAACAGGAAACAAAGCAAGCCAAAGAGACACGCAGAUAGAGAUAGAAACAAAGUGUACAAGAGAGAGAGAGAGACGGCUAGAGAAUGCAAAUUGUGUGCAUAUUUUCCAAGUGUGUGUUUGUAUCUGUAUCUGUGUGCGUGUGUGUGAGUGUUAGUGCUGUGUCCGUGUAAAUAAAUGCGAUAUAAAACGGCAACAGAAACAGCAUCAGCAACAACAUCAACAACAACAACAGCUGGAGACUCAGCAGCAGCAAAUUUCAAAAAGAAAAGAAAAGGGAAAAUACGAAGAAAAACGGCAAAAAGUGCAGUUAAGCGUGGAAAUUGCAUUAAAAAUUGAAAAAAGUAGAAGAAGUAGAACAGGAUAGUCGUGGCUAACGAGCGCUAAAAAGCAACAAAAGCAAAACAACAAAAUACACAAAAAAAAAAAAAAACAAAAAAAAAAAAAAAAUACAAAACAGCAAAACAAACUUGCAGCGCUGGGAAAGCGAGUAAAAAGUUUUGAUUGAAAAUUUUGCAUUGUGCUUUCAUUUCGCUGCCUGCAAAUACAACAAGCAACAAUAACAACAACAAUUUGUUUGCCACCAACGCCCGAUGCGGUGACUGUGUAAAUUCUUGAUUAAAAACAACAACAACAGCAAAUGCAAUAGCAAGAGCAACACAAACACAAAUCGAAAGCAGAGCGUGCAACGUUUGCAGUGCAGUGCAAAGUGAAAUUAUAGCAUGCGGCAAAAGGACAACAAAAGGACCAAGAACAACAACCAUUCCCACUGCUCUGCGCCGCGUAACAAUAACAAAAAUAAUAAUAAUAAUAAUAAAUAAUGCAAAGAAAGCACACAAAAAACUCGCCAGCAUAUUGAAUACAUGCAAAUUAUUGGCCAAAUUUCCUCGUCACAAAGCAAAUUGAACUUUACAACCGAGUGAAAAGUGUCAGCAAAAAUAAACAACAACAAAAAUAUACAAAAAAAAUACAAGUAGAACAACUGCAAAUCGUUUUAGAAAUUUCCAUUUCCAUUUUGGUUUAAUUGAUUCACCUUUUUUGUAGUGUUGUGAUGAACCUUGGAGCACGCGUCGUAUGCGUUAUUUAUAUUUUAUUACAUUUAGAACACAAAAACAGCAAAACAUAUGUAAAAUAAUAAGAAAAUUGGCAUAAAAUUUGGCAACUGGCAACAAAACGUGGCAAACUAGUUGUCUACUAACGGUAAACAUUCGUGCCGCGCAAUAAAAGUCAAGUGCGUGGCACUUAACAUCCACUUGAAGUGGCAGCAAGACAGAGCUAGCUGGGAGAUAGCAGCGUGAGCCAGAGCGAGAGUAAGUCGUUGACAAAGUAACGCAUUGCGCGAUAAGAGGCAGCAAGAAGCAGCAGCAGCCAACGACGCUCGAUAAACGACAAAAUGAGCAGCAGAAGCACAAGCAGAAGCAGGAGCAGCAUCAUGAACAACCGGAGCAGCAUCAAAGAGCUGAUAGCGCAACUAUUGCUGCUUAUCAGCCUGACAUCAGGCUUGCCGGGAAUCGAGUGUUUUCAGCGAUUUUCGGAACAACCCACAUACACUGAGGUGAACCCGCACGAGGAUGCCUUGCUCACAUGCAAAGUGAUCGAUCAGCGCGGCACGUGCUCCUGGCAAAAGGAUAACAAGCCUGUGGGCAUCUAUCCGAAGAAAUACGAAUGGGCCGCACGUCCGUUCAGCAGCAAUGGCGUCUUACAUCUCGAUCUACAUCCGCCACCGCCCAUGCAAAUCGCCGGCGACUGCUCCCUGUGGAUACGCUCGGCCACGCUGGACUUCGACGACGGCCUGUGGGAGUGUCAAGUGACUGCCAGUGAGUUUACCACACAGGAUGCGCUGACCAGUCAACCGGUGCGAUUGGUAGUACGUGUGGCGCCACAACGUCCACGUCUCGAGUAUGAGGGCGCACCGUUGCCGCCAGGACACAACAUCACGGUCGACGCCGGCGCCGUGGCGACAGUCAAAUGCGCCUCACAUUAUGGUAAUCCGCCUGCAACGCUCAGAUGGUAUUUGGGCGACCAGGAAAUCUCACCCAUACACCCCCAAGUGAAUGCCACCGAGCCGGAUAACACACGCACCUGGUCGGCUACCUCAGUGGUCCAAGUGCCCGCCAUCCGUGAGCGACAUGGCGAUACACUCCGCUGCAUUGCCUACCACGAUAACUACGAGGCCAAAUCCAUACCAGUCGAGGCGCGCAUGGAUAUCAAAUACGCUCCAACCAUUCGUCUAAUUGGCUCACCGGAAAUCGACUUGGAAGAGGAUAAGGAUGCGCUUGUGCUGCGCUGCGUGGCCGAUGCCAAUCCGCCGGCCAGCAUCGUUUGGCGACGUGCCGGACGAUCCGAGAUAGCCAGCUCGCAGGAAACACUGCAGUUGCGUCCUGUUGGACGUCGGGACGCUGGAUUGUACACCUGCCAGGCACAGAACUCGGUGGGCAUCUCGGAGCAGCUGUCAGUGCAGCUGGACGUGAAAUAUCCACCCAAAAUUGUCUCAGCCGGACCGGACCGUCUCACCACAGCGCCACUCUUCAGUCCCGCCGCCUUCGAGUGCGUCGCCGAUGGCAAUCCAAUGCCGUCUUACAAAUGGGUCCAGAGAAUAUCGCAUGGCUCAAAGUACGUGGAGCGAGGCAAUGAAGCGCGUUUGGUUAUCGAUAACGUGACGUAUGAGUAUCAGGGCGAAUACGAGUGCCGCGCCACCAGCUACAUCAAUGGUCAGGAGCGUGUUUCCAUAUCCGAUCCAGUGUCGCUGCAAGUUGUGGGUGCUCCGCAAGUGCUUCGUCUGCAUCCAUCCAUGCACACGGUGUCCGUUAAACGAGGAGAGUCCGCAAGCCUGACAAUGGUCGUCUGUGCGGAUCCGAGGCCACUGCGCGUUGCCUGGGAAUGGGGUUCAUUGCGUCUGGAGGCUGGUUCUGGCGUAGACCGCUUCCAUGCCGAGGAUAUGCUGCAGGACACUCGCGAGGAUUGCUACCUGUCCACACUGCAGAUUCAUCACACAGAUGAGCACGACUCGCGUCCCUAUUACCUCGUCGUCGAGAACGAACGAGGCACCGAUCGCCAUGCCAUUCAUUUAAUUGUGGAGGGUACGUUUGCAGAACCUUUGGAGAUGAGCUAUCUGCUGGGCGUCGCCGGCGGCUGCAUGGCUGCCAUUUUCAUCCUGAUCUGCCUCUGCAUCUAUGCAAUCAAGAGCAAGAAGUGCUGCUUCAAGGGUUCCACUGGCUAUAAAUCAUCGGAUAAGGACAGCGAAAAGGCUGAUUUGAAAUCACGCUCGGAUAGCACAAGUGGCCCCCAAGGUGAUUCAAUUUACACCACGCCCGCCGGCUUCCAUCAUCAUCAGCAGCAGCAGCAACAGCAACAACAGCAGCAGCAGCAACAUCAGCAGCAGCAACAGCAAGCAGCGGCAGCGGCCGCGUUGCAUGCCGCUUCACAACAUCCGCAACAACAGUAUCCAGGACAUGGCUCGCCGGAGGCAAUGAAGGUACGCAUGGCUGCAAUGAUAUUACAACCGCCCACUAGGGUCUAGCAGGCAGUUGAUAGCGAAAGCAACGAGCUACAACAGCAACAACAACAACAACAAGAACUACAACUACAAACACAACAUGAACAACAACACGAUAAUAGUAACAACAACAAGAACAACAAUAACAAUAAUAAUUCAAGCAUAACAACAACCACACUGACCAAUAGUAGUAAUAACAACACAAUUGAAACGACACCAGCGGACAGAAGCUCAGAUGCAGCCAGAGGCAGCAGCAACAACAGCAGCAGUAGCGACAACAAGCAGCAACAGCUUGAGAACAAUAUGAACUGCGAGCUGAAACAAAUACCUAUCAUAGGGAAACUGCUGCAGCUGAAUGUGACCAGUGAGGAGGAAGGGCAGCAACAGCAGCUGCACCACACGGGGGCAGGGGACAAUAAAUUGAGUGAAGAAGAGUCACAGCUGCUGCUGCAGAAGCUAAGCAUCAACAAUCCCUUCUAUAGAUUUCGCAAGCAGAGCAACUCCUUAAAGGAGCUGCGACGUUUGCGUCGACGCAAGCGACGCUCUCGAUCCGAGGCAGACUUGCGACCACAGCAACAACAGAAGAAUCUGUUAAAAGAACAAUUAGUACACCAACACAAUGAAGCCAAAGUUGUAGUUGUAUUAGACAGUAAGCAGUAUUUAGGCAUAAAUAAUCCUAACUCUAGACAGCAUAAAAUUAGCCUUAAGACUAGAUCCGUAAGCAGCCUACGCCGUUCACCAUCACCGACAACAGCAACACCAUCGCCAUCGCCCACGCCCGGCGACAACUCCACGGUGAUUACGAAUCCCUUCUCCAUAUUCCACGACGAUGAGAUCCUCACACUUGGGGUUAAUCCUCGCCUGCGCAGCGCCAAUAGCGCCAAUUCGGCAAUACGCGCCAAUGUGCGGCCACAGCGCAGCAGCUCACGCGGAUUGCGUCGCCUCUUCGAGUCGAGCUCGAAUUGCAGUCGCCAAGCAACGCCAGCCAAUCCACAUUAUCUCCAUGGAGUCCCUGUGCGUCGCUUUGAGCGCCAGGACUUCACCGAGGAUGCCACAACCAGCAAACCGAAGCGCACGCGCGCCAUCUUCAAGCAAUUGUCGCUGCGCAAGCUGAACAAACCGGAAGAGCCGCCAUCGAUGCCCAAGCUGAAGCUCAGCUAUCGCUAUCCGAAUCGCACACAGAGCAUUCAGAGCAUGCGUGCCGCGGGCAGCGGUGGCUACGACAUACAGCACACGGCAUACAGGCCACGCCUUGUCUCGACCACACCCAAGUCCAAUUACUUUGAGCGGUUGCAGGCGAAAACGCGGCAAGGCAUACAAAAGAUACGCGAGAAGUGCCGCAACUUCAAGGCGCAACAGAGCGAUGCCAGCAGCAGCGGCGGCGGUAGCGAAUUCAGCGGCUUCCACACUUUAGCCAAAGAUGAAAGUUUCCGCUUUAUCAGCGAUCGCGCGCACAUCUCCAACUACGAAUCACGAUGCGCUGCGGCGCAUGCCGCUGGCAAGCAAGCGACCAUCUACAAGAGCUACAAGUCCGAGAUAGAUCUGAGCAAGAAUCUGCACUAUCUGGAGCAUUAUCUCGAGCAGAACUUCGAGCAGCAGCUCAGCAGCAGUAAACAGUCGGCGCACUCCGUGGGUCGCAUUAGCGGGGCACAACGUCGUGCUCUCGCCGCACAGCGAGCGCUGCCAGAGGCAUCUGAAACGAGAGCGAAUCGACGCCAUAAGCGAAGUCAAUCGCAGGCAGCAAGCAGCAAUUACGAGAAUCUGGGCACAUUGCCCAUUUCAGCGCGUGCGGGACGUGGACAGCAGUCGGAGGACUCGAUGAGCAGCUCCGAUUACGCUUCAGUGUUCAGCGGUCCAACAGCUCAGCAACCGCGGAGCGUGGAGCAGGAAGAGCAGCAGCGGGAGCGAGAGCAGCAACAGCAGCAGCAGCAAUUGGAGCAGGAGAGGGAAAGAGAGCGAAGCGAAGCUGUGCUUAAAUUGCGCUACGAGCAUCCCGACAAAGUGUGUGAGUACUACUUUGAUAAUCUGACCAACUAUGCGCUGGGCCUUGAGGAGAGCGAGGAUUUGCUGUUAGCCGAAAGCGCCAAAUCAGCGCGUUUCUUUUACGACGACGAUGACGACGACGAUGAUGAUGAUGAGGUUGUAGAUGUAGCUGUGCCUGACGAACUGGAUGAGGAGAGUGUCAGGCAGCUGGCAACGUCUAACGAGUCGGAUUAUAUGGCUCGCGAUAUACGCAUUCGCAUCAAUAUGAAUGAGUGCGAUGAAGAAGAAGACGACGACGACGACGACGGCGAAGCUGCUGAUUGGCAGCAUCGCAAACUGCAACAGGAAAGGAAAAGGGAAAGACAGCUCAAUCCUGCAGCCAGGACAUCGUAUAAUGAGAAUCUCGCCGAGAGCACAUUCUAUCAAUCGCUCAAUCAGCAUUUACAGCGACAGGCGAUUGCAACUGACGGGCAGCAACAGCAACGAGCAAUCGAUAGGUUGGACAAGUCGUCGUUGGAGGCGCCUCUGGGUGGCGAGAGCUACUUGGCGCACUUUCAACGUAGUCGCAGCCGCAGCGAUUUCGACCGCGUGCCGUUGCGACACAACGAGGCAGAGGCCAUGGAGCAACUGUACGCCCGCGGCGAGUACUAUGGCUUUGGCGGUGGCAGCGGCGGUGGCGGUGGCGAGGUGCCCACCGAGGUGGUGUAUGCCACAAAGCAACGACGCGCCGACCUCAUGGAGGCGCACUAUGCGCGCAGUCAUCAGCAGCAGGGAGCAAGUGGCAGCAGUAGCAGCAACAGCGGCAAGCGCUAUUUUAUGGCCGGCGGCAGUGAGGCAGACAGUUACAAACGCAGCCAUGCGCUGCGCACAGCUGCAACAUCAGCAUCAGCAACUGCAACAGCAAUGGCUAACGAUGUUGGUGGCUUGCCAGGCACUGAUGCGCUCUAUGCCACCAGCAGCAAACAGUUGCAACAGCAGCAACAGCAACAGCUGCAUAAAACUGAGCCAGCAUCAACGACGACAGCAGUUGCAGCUGCAACAACGCCCUCGGCGGCGACAGCGACAGCGACAACGAUGCUGUCAGCUGGAAAUGCAAACACCAAUACGAGUGCAAAUAAUCGCUAUAUGCUCGAGAAUUUGCGAAAAUACUACGCAAAUCAGCAACAGCAUCCGCCCGCGCACUCAGUCAACUCAUCCUCGCUGUCCAAUUCAUCAUCAUCGAACUCGUCCAUGUCGCAGCACCAACAGCAGAAGCUGCUUCUGCCCACCGCAUCGCAUAUCUCGAAACAGCAACAGCAUUUGCAACAGCAACUGCAGCAGCAGGCGGCCGUUGCACGUCGCAACUCGAGCACCUCGAAUGCCUCCUCGACAGCCGACAAUUUUGACACCUUCAUCGCGCUGCGCAAUGCGACAGGUGCAAGUGCAGUUGCAGUUGCAGCUGCAACGACACCCUCCACAGAUUACAUGGCCAAGCGACGCAGUCAGCAGCAGCAACAGCAGCAGCCGCUGGCGCCGUCGGCUGGUGCUCCGCUAAUCUCGGCACUCAACUAUUACGGCGCAACGCCAACAACAGCGCCCAACAUCAGCAAUGGCAGCAACAGCAGCAGCGGCGGCAGCAAUGGCAAUGCCAACAGUAUUCUCACCUACAAUGGCAAAUUAUCGGCCACCGCAAUGUUGUCGCAAGUCAAUUUGGGACGAUCUGCUGCAGCAUUGCAGCAGCAACAUACAACACCAGCAGCAGCAACAGCAGCAUCCACAUCCGCAUCCGUUGGUGCAGGCUUUGUCAGUGAACACGAGUCCUUCAUUCUGGAAUAUGAGUGUUAGCGACCGAUUAAAUUACUAUCGAUCGUGUGGCAUGCCUCCCAGCUGCCACACCUGUCCAUCGAAUGCGAAUUGCUGCGAAAUAUUUCGCUUGCAUUCUAUCAGUGUCUGUGUCUGUAUCUGCCUCUCGUUGCAUGUUUAUCCAUGCAACAAUUCGGGUUUCGUUUGCCCAAAUUACAAUUACAAAUUGUUAACGCUGCUGAUUGGAUUAACGUUGUCCUGCCUCCUCCAUCAGCGCUCUCCCAAUUGACCCACUCGAAUGCUGUGUACAAAUGUUUGACAAUGCUUUCAAUUCGCAUAGAAACUCGGCAUUCUGUUGCUGGCAAAUUGCUUUUAUCAUUAUGUGCUAUAUGAGCUCAACGCAGGAUUUGACACGAGUUUUGGGAAUGCAAUUGAAACUGCAACUGUGUGAGAGUUUAAACAGUUCAUUAGUUAAAGCAAUUGCACCGAGAGAAAUACUACUUUCUAUAACUAUUCUGUAAUAUAAGCUAUAUUAAAGUCAUUCUCCAGCUGAUGGAUUCUUUUUUGAAACUAAAAUCAUAAAUAAAUUUGGAGAAGAUGCUUUUUUGCCAAGACAACGACCAUUUGAAUCCACAUUUUGGAUACUCAUCUGAACAGACUUUGCUCACUGAAAAAUCAAGCAUUUUAAGAGCUAUUUCAAAACGAUCAAUUAACUACUCAAAACUGAGCAUUUACUAUGAGAAAAAAGACAAACAUUUGUUACAAUAUAAAUAACUCUAACUAAUUAAUAACUAUUGCAUAUAUUCAAACUAAGAUUCGGCGUGAGAAUAAGAAAGGCGCCGAACUAACGAACUAUCCACUGCUGUAAAUGUUAGCUGUAUGUAAAUGAGCCUCAUGCUUAUGUAUGUAUAUGUAUUAAAUAUGAAACGUAAUCAUCAUGUAUACUCGUAGUAUAUGUAUGUAUAGUUAGGUAUACCACAUUAUCGUAAACUACUGACAAUAAAAACAAUUCAAUUAGCAUUGAUGAAAAGUCUUACAAAUUGUAAUGUUAAAUUAAAUUAAUUAGCCAAGUUAAUAGCAAAUACACAAAAACACACACAGAGAAUCACAAUUACAGAGUAAAUCAAAUGUAUAUUCUCGUUGAGAGCAAAACCAUAACGUAUAUAGUACAUAAUCCCCUCUCUACUCGUCUACUUGUAAGAUACUCAAAUUAUGUAAAAUUAAUUAUUCCUUCAUUACACAUUUAUCAAAUUUUCCUGCUAAUCGUUGAAAGAAGAAAACUCUUGACAUACAUAUUUACAUACAAACAUAAAUGUACACUUAAGAUUGUGCGAGUAUUCUGUGAGUUAAGUUCAAGUUGAAUCCCACUCAAAGUUACAGAAAUUAUUAUACGUAAACGUUGAAAUAAUACCACUAAGCGGAAGUUAGACUAUGCCAAAUAAAUGAAAGUCACAAAUGUAUCCCCCAUUGCAAAGCUAUUAAGUUAAAUUAAAUAGUAAACAUUACGAUACAGCAAAAAAGCAGCUUAAUAAAAAAAUACGAAAUACGAAAGGACAAUUUGAGCUUCCAGUUGACAUAAAGGAAAUUAAACUACGACUAGUAAAAUUUACAACAAACUGCGGCGAACGUAAUGACAAAGCGCAUAAAAUAUGAAAAUCUGUAAUUAAGCUGAAAGCAAGUAAUGAAAAAAAAGAAAUGAAACAAGCAAAAACAAAAAAAAAAAAAAACGAAUACAAUAACAACGAGAUAUCCAGGCGCCAACAACGUAUUAAAUUUAUUUAUUAAUGCCACAGCAAAUGCGGGUCAAAAAAGGAUAUAUUGUGGCGAUGGCGAGAGGCGCCACGGCGUAUACUUAUUGUACGACUUCAAUAAACUGUGUGUGUUUAAUUUUAAGUAUCACUGUAAAUACAACUACAACUACAACAACUAAUUGUAAUAAACAAACGACAAAAGCAACGAGCGACAAGCGCUGAGCGACGAGCGACGACUUUCAACUGUCGACUGACUCAUUAAUUUCUCAUUUAUUGCCAACAUAUGCGGCGUAUGCGCGAUAUUUUCAAUCAUAAACCCCAAAAUGCAUUUGCAACACGCGACUGCAUAUAAAUAUUUUCAUAGCCUCGACUUGCAAACUGUAAAAAUGAUUGCCAUGUAAUUCCCUCUUUCCAUUCCCCUCUCUCCUGUCACUUCCUCCUCUGAAAGCCCUCUCGUCGUCCCUCUUCAUUGCAAUUAUCUGUGUGCGCGCAAUUUAUCUCAUUUGCGGCUGAGUUAUUUCCAACUGCAGCAAAUAACACAGGGAGUCUUUUACCCCAUCCAACUCAUUGAACCCCUUCGCAGGCAGGUUGCCCCGUUUCCAUUUGUGCCGAGGUAUUCCUUGCGAUACCCUGUAAAUGUGCAGAUUGGGAAUGCCAAACGCUUAACGGGGAAAGGCGUUUAUAAAUUAUAUUUUCAAGGCAACUUUUUGCCUUCAAGCAUGCACAGGGUAUCUGCUAGUCUAUCACUGCCAGACAUAGUAUUUUUUCAUCAUUUGUUGCACAUUGCAGCAGCGGCAGCAGCAGUAGCAGCCGCAUGUAGCUGUUAUUGUGGGCCAGCCGAACACACUUUUCCGCUUAAUUUACUGGCUGGCAGCUGUUGGCUUUGCGCGGCAACCAAUGUUGUUGUCGCCGGGACGAAAGAAGAAAGAAAGACCAUGGUUGACAACAGCAAUUGCUGCAUAAUGCAUAUGGGGCAGGUCCUGCCUAUCAACGUGCUGUAGCUGCAACAGCAACAGCAACGACGACAACAAUAAUUCAUGGCUCGCUUUAUGGCUGACCAUCAACUUAUCGGCAGUUUGUAGCUGCAACGUUUCAACACGAUGCAAUGCAACGCGCAACGUAUCGCAACUCUGUGUGGCACAUAAAUUAAUGAAAGUCAAAUUAAAAUUCCUUUGAUGGCGGUCUUGAGGUCUCGACGUUAUCAACUGCAGUCGCUUGUUGCAACACACAUACACAAACAAAAACAUAAACCAAUUAAUCUUUUUAUCAGAGAUAAAUAUGUGAUUUAUACAGCUUGAGAUUUGAAUUUGAUUUGUUUAAAUAAGUGAGCAGAAAUUGAGAAUGGGGCACGACAACGACAGCAAACCAAAAGACUAAAGACCUAAGAUUCUUAAAAACAGCCACACAUACAUAUAUACACUAGACACACACAUCUACACCUAUACACUACACACACACACACACACACACACAUCUGCUAAUACUGUGCCGUGACUUAACAGAAAUUGAACUUAUAUCGUAUAUAAUAUUUCUUAUGUGAAGUGAAGGCGAUGCUCCAUAUUUUUCCCCCCAUUUUCUAUGCCUAAGCCUAUGUUUCGUGUUUACAUUUGUUUUAAGUACUCUUAUUGCAACAACUACAACAAAAUAACUACAACUACAACAGCAACUAUAACAACCAUAACAGGCAACCAAAAAGCGCAGCUUUAGCUGCACACAAUUCAAUUAAGUAAUCGUAUUGAUACUUAGUAUUCUUACUUUAGGAUAUAUCUUGAUGCAUUCGUCUCUCUCUCUAUCUCUCUCUUUAUAUUAUAUAUAUUUCUCUAUUAUUUAAUGUGCUAAUGUUAAUUUUAGUUUAUGUUAAUGUUACUCAUACUUAUACUUAAACUUAAACUUAUACUUAUAUGAUUAUAUUUUUCAUAUUAGUUUUUCGAUUUCGUCGAGAUUCCAGUUGAUAACAGACACAAUCACAUACACAUCCUGAAAAAAAGAUAUAUUGAUAAUGAAAACCAUGUAAAACAUUUAGAAAUCAAAGCAAGUAACCAACCAGUUAAACCGCAUUCAAGAAACCCAAAAACUUUACACUAUCAAGAAUGUAAUUCUUGUUUUUCGUAUUCUAACUUUCGUCUGUAUGUAUGUAUGUGCUCCAUGACAUUUUGUGCAUUCUUUUAAUUCAAAUUUAUUUCUGUUUCCGUUUCUGUUACUGUUACUGUUUGUUUGUGUUGUGUUGUGUUUCAUUUGACACAUUCUUUUUGCAAUAACAUUCAUUUAUUUCUGUGUGUAAUAAGCAACCGAAACAAACAAAAUCACUAUUUACCACCUCUCCCCGAGAACCUCGAGAAAUUCCUUUCGCAUUUUUGCCUGCUUUGCACGCGAUUUGAGCGCGUGUCGUGCGCGUUUUUAACAGCGUCUAUUACGCUAUCAGUUUUGUACAACAUGCAACUUGCAACAUGCGACUUGUUUGCCGCUUGCUUAACUAUCAACAACUCUUACUUUUCCAUUGUAUUUAUUUUUUAUGUUUAUACAUUUUACUCCUUUUUUGCUGUCUCUACGUUGAGGCAUGUUUUACGAUCUCUAGUCUUGGCGACAGGCAACUUUCACAUAAACAAAAAUAUAAAAAGAAAGUGUAAAAAGCAACAUGAACUGUUAACCGCAAGCAUUUACUUUUUCUACCUAAACAUUUGCCACAUUUAUUUAAAGUUUCCCCCAAAGAAAAAUGUUGUGCGUCCGAAUUUGUAACUUUUUUGUUUUAUUUUCAUAAAGCUCCACAACACACUCCUUCUACACUCGCACACACUCACGUAUGUAUGUAACUAAAUCUAGUGCCUACUUAAAAUUCGGUAUAUGCCGCCAAGAAUUUCCCCCUUUUUCAGUUUUUAUGAUUGCCGUCCCCCAAAAGUAUUUUCCACAGCAUUCUAAAACUGAGGGACAUCAAGAGUUGUGUGUGUAUGUGUGUGUGUGUGUGUGUAUUGCCCUCUGCUUGCAUUCUACAACUUGUUUACACUAUGUUUAAAUAUUUAUAUUUGUUUGUUUAUUUCAUACAUUUUGUUGAUGUUUUCCUCCUCCGGCUCAUGCAGCAUGUCGUGUCAUGUACAUCAUGUGUGUGAUGAGUAUGUGCGUGUGUAUAUGUAUGUGAUUUCAUUUCAUUCCAUACAAGUGUAGAAUAUUCGUAUUUUUAUUUUUGCCGUGAUUGUAAUUUGUCUGUUUGGGCAAGCGCAACGGAUUUUGUGCAUUCAAUUAACCCCAGCAAUGAAUUGUUAUUAAUCCUUGGAGGAUAACAGCAUUGCUUACAAUUUGUUUUCGUCUGUGUUUUCCGUUCUUGUUUGCGUUUGUGCCUUUAAAAACCAACAAGUCUCAUAAAUAAACGCCACGUCAGCCAACUCGAGACACGCACCACAAACUUUAUCAGUGCAUAAAUCACAAAACUUCAAGUUCUGGCCACGCCUCGACCAAGACAAACCAAGGCAGUGGCAAUGGCAAAAGCAAAGGCAAAAGAGUCGCUUUUUCAUUUCUUGGCCAAUUUGUUAAACGCAGAAAUCAACAAAAGCAUUUUAUUGCAUCAUUACACAAUUUGCAGCAAACAAUGCCACGAUGUUGCAAGCAGGCACGGUUUGCAACUUGCCACUUGCCAGCUGCCAGUUGCCACUUGCCAUUCCAUUCAGAAAUUUAUGCCCAACUUUCGACACUUGUUGGCAGUUGUUGGUCUUGAAGAAUGCUAGAAAAAUGCAGGAGCUAUUGCCGCAUACUUGAUGCAACUUGAGCUACAUUUUGUUGUACAUCUUGUCUGCUAAUCGCAUAAUCCAAUUAAUUGUACGAGUUGUGAAAGUUGUUGGCCAAACUCAACUUUGGCUUAAUGCCGCGUCUUAUGGCAUAAACUCGAGCAGCAGUCAACAGCAGCAUUUUCGCAGGUAUUUUCUUGCAUAUUAUGGCCAGCACAUAUGCACACUCACACACACCCACACGCAUGCCCACGACUCACACACACAAGCAUUGGCACACUCACCCAAAAACACCCACACACACACACACUCAAAUUAGCAAAUUGCAAAAGAGCACUUGAAAGAUAACUGCGAGUUUUCACUUUCACUUUCCCAAAGUUGUAUUAACUUCUUCGAUUGGCACAUUUCAUUUAACGUUUAAUUGCCUUAUGCAAUGUAUUAAAAAAAAAGAACAACAACAAAAAACAUUCUCAUUUCAUGCGCUGUCAACUCGGUAACAGUGCAUUAAUUAUAAUUCUUAAUUACAACCAAUUAAAGCCGGGUUCAGAUAUUGCAUUAAAAUCGAAAAGUAUGAACUGAAAACUUCCACCCAGAUGCCAACCCGCAGCUUCAACCGCAAACGCGAAGUGCAAACAAAUCAAACGCAAUGCAAACAUUAAAAAAACGAAAGCACAGAAACAACAACAAAUUGCAACAAAUAUACAUAUCUACUGAAUGCAUAUAGAGUGCAAUUAUUAUAAUUUCAUUUUUUGCUGUCAGCCAUAAAAAUUGGUUUCCUUUUCUCCAGUAAGUGCAGAAUGUUAUUUAAAGCGAAUGAAUAUUUUCACACAACUCAAUAAAUUUAAGUGCAAAAAAUACACUUAUUAACAAAGAUGGUCAAUAGCUCGAUAAUUAUCAGAUUAAAUAUUCUUGACCACGAAAAUAUGUUGAUUCUAAAAAGUUGUAUUCAAUGAUUUCGUUACACAUUAAACGUAUUUUUUUUAACUUUCUCUUGUUAAUGAGUGUAAUUGCAAAAAUGAAAAAAAAAAUCACAGUAAUGACAAUUUCAGUGUGUUGCAUCAUCGAUAAACACAACACAACCAGGCACGUUGAAAUGAAUAUUUUACUUUUUUUUGUUUUGUGUGUAUUUUUCCAACACUCUUAAUUUCGUUUUUGGCGCUCAACGUAGGUAAACACAAACCUGUUUGCAUCCUUGCAAUGAUAUUGUAUGAAACGCAAUGAAUUUUUCCUCGAAUUAUGCAUAAAUUUUCAAAAGUUUUGUUUCGGUUGAAGUACAUUUUAUGUUUGUUAUGUGUCGCUCUGCGUGGUUAAUUGUUUUGAUUUACAUGUGUUAAUUAUAAGUAAUUGAAGACGACAACCUUAUCUGCAUACAUUUAUACCAAUUUAAUCGAUGUUUUAAUUUAAUGAUUGAGCCUACAUUUACAUAUAUAAUAUACCUUUUAGUUUAAAGUAAAGAUAUAUGAGACAGCGUGUUUGCAGACCCCAAUUAAAAUUGAAAUUACAAAGCCUGGCGGCCAAUCUGGCACGAAAAAUUGUAAUGAUUAAUCACAAUGAUGAUGAUGAUGAUGAUGAUAUGGAUGGUGAUGACGUUUUGAAUCUCAAGUAAAAUGCAAUGUAAAUGUGUGCACUUUGUAUUUAAUUUAUAUUAUUAAGUGUAUAAAAUAAAAUUAUUAAUAUGCCUUUAUUUAUUUGCAACUGAAUCGCCUAAAGCAACUCAAUAAUUUGAAAUUAAAUAAAACUUAUUCAUUUUAUGUA